AUGAUUAAUGGCUCGCAUGCUCGCCCCGCUCGAAGCAGCCCACAGGGCCUGGGUCCCCGACUUCUGGAACCCCUGCCGUCGGAGCUGCGCUUCUCCAACACGACGGGUGCCUCGCUCAACUGUGCCGCCGCGGGUCAGCCUCCGCCGAGGGUCACGUGGUUGCGCGAAGGUGCCGAAGUGGAGCCACUCGAAGGACUGUUGCUCCUGCUUCCCAACGGCACGCUGCGAUUCCCGCCGUUCGCAGCGUCGCAGUUUCGCCAGGAGGUGCACGGCACCACCUACCGAUGCAGAGCGGAAAACAUUUUUGGGGCCGUCCUAAGCACGGAAGUGCGCGUGCGAGCAGUCGUGGAGCAGUACUACGAAGUGCAAGUGUACGACGAGUUCACCAUCGCUGGAAACACGGCCGUUCUCCGAUGUCACGUACCGUCCUUCGUGCGGGACGACGUGGUCGUCGUCUCGUGGGAGCAGAAGAUCGCCGACAAGGCCGACGUCGUCACCAACGGUGGUCGCAUGAGCGUGUUUCCUAGCGGAGAGCUGCAAGUACGCCGAGUUCAACAGUCUGACGCUUCCACCGAGUUCCGCUGUCGUACCUGGCACCGGCUAACUGGAGAAACAAAGCUCAGCUCCUACGGCAGGCUAGUCGUGACAGAUCUGAAAGUGAACGUGCCUCCUCGGAUCACAAAUGUGCGAUCUUCUGUGGUGGCGAACGAAGGCGACUCCGUGGAACUACCUUGUGCAGCCCAAGGCUACCCUCCGCCCAAAUACCUGUGA